AUGUCUCCAUUUAUAUAUAGAAUGCCUUUAGCAGGUGAAUUAGGUAUUGAUUCAAGUUUUGUAUAUAAUUUUAUUCUAGGCAAUAGAAGUAUGAAUGAAUUAUGUAGAGUUUUUGUACACGAACGACCAUUACCAGAAACUAUUCGACUUCAAAUUGUUAAACUGGCGGCACAAGGUGCAAAACAGAAUGAAAUUUCACGAAAACUCAAAGUGCCCAAUGUAUAUGUAUCUAAAAUCUUGAGUAAAUUUCAACAGACUGGUUCAAAACACAGUGUAGCGACACCAGAUAUUAUUUCCAAAAUUCAACAAAUUAGAAGUGAAGAUUCUUCAAUACUUGCAUGCGCGAUUCGUGAACGCCUUCUUCACGAACCUUUUUCUACACAUGAUAAUGUGCCAAGUGUUUCUUCUAUUAAUCGAAUACUACGCAAAGUAUCGUCUGCAUCAUCAACACAAUCUACCUCUAAUUAUCAAUAUGACACAUUAACUAAGCCAUCGAUACCAUCGCCUUCUCCAGCAUCUGGUGAAACAGAUGGUACAAUAAAUUCAUCAUCUACAUGUAGCUAUCAAACUUCAAUAGAUGAUAAAAAUGAGUCGAAUUCUUCAAUGGAAGAGGUUAAAUAUAAAAUAAUAAAUGGAGAUGAUUAUAUGAUCAAUGAUAAUGAAAAAGUUAUAAAUCAUAAUCUAGAUUCGAAGUUUUCAUCAAAACAAAACGCAUCACGAUAUCGAAGUUCUUUUACUGGCAAACAACUAGCAGAACUUGAAAAGGCAUUUGAGAAUUCACACUAUCUUGAUGUUGAUGCACGUCAAAAGUUAGCAAAAAUAACAAAACUAGAAGAAAAUCGUGUACAAAUUUGGUUUGCUAAUCGAAGAUCGAAGUAUCGUCGUGAAGAAAAACGAUGUCAUGAAAAAUAUGCACACAUUCCUUGUGAAUCCUCUAGAAAUAUUCAAUCCGUAACUUCUCCAAUAAUACUAUCGAUAUUGAAUCCUGACGAAUCAUUAGGUUAUUUAAUUGAAUCAAAUGAUCCACAAAUUAAUUUUCCAACUGGUCUUCAACAGAAUUCAUCUAUACAUUCUUUCAACUGUUCAUGUAAAUCGCUGAACCCAACAUAUUCAUUAUCAGCAAGUAAUUGCUACGAGGAUCUCUCAUCUAUGCAAAAGUCAUCAUCUUAUUAUUAUCAUCCUUCGUAUAAUACUACAUUUUCAUCAAACAUGAUACAUCCAUCCUCGACUUCUCUUCAAUCAUCAAUGCCAUGA